CUCAGUUGGCCCUUGAGCGUGGAUAUAUUGACACGCAUUUUGUCGCGCGCGAUAAAAAAGUUUGGAACUUUACGCGGAAUGUGUUAGACGUUAUGUAAGUGCUGUGGUGAGGAUUGUGAUUAUUUUUGCGACGAAGCAGCCAUGAACAGACCGCACCGGGCUCGAGUGUGAGAAAGCAACAAUGAGCAGGCGUUGCCGGAGCUUCGCCAUCACCGUUCAGAUUAUCACCAUCAUCUGCCAAGUGUUGACGGAGGAGCCCCGCUUUGCAGAGCCUAUCCCCAACGUCACUGUGGCACUUGGGCGCGAUGCAAGCCUGCCGUGCGUCGUCGAGCACCUUGGCACCUAUAAGGUGGCCUGGAUCCACAUCGACCGGCAGAUGAUCCUCACCAUCCACCGCCACGUCAUCACGAGGCUAGCGCGCUUCUCUGUCUCCCACGAUAACGCUAUGACCUGGCUCCUCCACGUAAGCCAAGUGCAACAAGAAGAUAGGGGAUACUACAUGUGCCAAGUCAACACAAACCCUAUGAUCAGUCAAGUUGGAUAUCUCCAAGUUGUUGUACCGCCGAACAUUCUGGAUGAAGACAGCACGCAGUCAGCUGUGGCCGUGCGUGAGAAUCAGAACAUAAGUCUGGUAUGCAAGGCCGACGGGUUCCCGACGCCCAAGAUCAUGUGGCGGCGGGAGGAUGGACAGCCCAUAUCUGUUGAUAAAAGGAAGAAAGUGACAGUCUACGAAGGGGACACGCUCAGCCUUCAGCGCAUCAGUCGCACAGAGAUGGGCGCCUACCUCUGCAUCGCCACCAACGCGGUCCCGCCCUCUGUGUCUAAGCGCAUCAUCGUGGAUGUCGAAUUUUCGCCCAUGAUCUGGGUGCCUAACCAGCUGGUAGGCGCGCCCGCGGGCACAGACGUGACCGUGGACUGCCACACCGAAGCGCACCCGCGCGCCAUCUCUUACUGGGUCUACGACAACGUCAUGGUGCUGCCUACCAAGAAGUACGGCAUCAAUACUGAGGAAAACUCUUACAGAGCACAUAUGAAGCUGACAGUGCGAAACCUACAGCUCGGUGAUUUCGGAAACUACCGGUGCAUCUCGAAAAACUCACUCGGAGAGACUGAGGGCUCAAUAAGGCUAUAUGAAAUCCCAAUGCCGUCGACGUCCCCCAAAGCGACGGAAAUGAAGAGCAAUGCCAACAAAGAACCGCGCCGGGCGAACGUUACGCGCGCCGUGCAACGAUCAGAGGGCACGGAGCGGCCGAGCGUGGUGCGUGCGCAGCUCGAUCGCGCGCCCGAGCGCGAGCGCGACGCGCAACACGUCUACCGCGCGCCGCCGCUACACGUCUCAGGCACUCGGAGCGUCCACUGCUGGCGUCAACCUCUGUUGGCGGUCGUCGUCUUGGUACACAUCGACCUUGUAGUGUGAUUCUAUUAAACUCCUGACAUUCCAACAGUUUCUUACCUGAUAUUCUCUAGACAUCUAAAACUUCGCAAAUGUUUUUGUAAAAAAACAGUUUUAUAUUCAACACUCACUGAAAGCAACAUACCUUUAUCUAUGAGAGUAAAGUGAUGUUAGGGAUAACGCGACGUUUGUAUGUAAUGUAUGGUGUUAAAACUGGUUAUUAUUUAAAACAAUUUAGAAAAGACUGUUAAGUUAGUACUUUAAAGUCUUCUGUUGGUAUCUGCGUGAUCUGUUACGUAACUAUUUAAAUAUCUCCCUUGAUUGAUUUUAUUUUAUAUAUGUAUGACUUAAUUAUCAAAUAGAUUCAAUAAUUUUUAAGAAAAAAAACCGCCGCUUUUGUGGUUCUGGUGAAAGGUACUUCCGAAUGUUGGAUUAUGUAGAAAUGUGUAGGUAUUUUUAACAAGCAGGUGUAAUCCUAAAUUCUAAAAUUCAUCGGAAGUGUUACAUCGAUUAUUUUUGAUAUUACCACUAACAUGCUGUAACUUCCAGCUAGUUUUGUCAGAACUUUAGCAAAUAUUUCGUACUUAGACGUCACUCGACUAUGAAAUAGCGCGCUGCGCUGGGUGUUAUACAUUUUUAAAGUUCUUUACGAAACUCGUAUAUCAGAGCGGAUUUAGAAGCUAUAUCGGUAGUACCUAGUAGUCAACUUUGUAUGAACUGUAAAAGUAAUCCGCCCAGUUGUUUAAGUUUUGACAUAAUUCUGGUUCGCGAACAAAAUCUUUAUAAUGUUUCAGCGAAUAUCUAUGAGUUUUUAAACGAUUCAUUUAUACAUUUAGCGGCAUUAUUUAUUUACUUAUUUUAAGUUAACAAGUACAAAACACGAUUGCAACAUGGUCCGCGCCGCAAACUAAUGAUCUCCGCUCAUAAUUUUAUUCCUAAAAUAUUCCAUUUUCGAGAACAGUAGAAACCCGAUACAGCCCAGCUCAAACUUGUCAUCAUGUUUCCAGUUUGGACACAGGCUUAUAUUGGCAGUUUGAGAUGCGAAAUGUCCAAUAAUAUCUGUGGAUAAACCGUCACUUUGGCGAUCUGAGUCAUCCUAUUAUCAUAUUUCUUUUUUUAGAUAGAUUGAAUAACGUUAUUUUGUGGAGUAAAUUGCCUGGGAGUGGUUUUACGCAUAACACUUAUGGCUAGAUUAAGUUAUUUUGAUGAUGGCCAGCCAACCAGCUUUUCGAGGUCGGUUAAAACUAAAUAGCCAUCCCGUUGACCAUAAAAAUAAUCAAGGUUUCACGAUAACAAAUUUAAAAUAAUUGCAUAAAUGCAUUUCCUGUCACAACACUUUCUCUUCUUAUUGACUUACCGUAGUAGGAUAAAGAUUCUCAGUUUUGCCUAAUUGUUUUAUGUUACCUUACAAAAUAUCCCUAAUACGUUAUACCUAUAAGUACAUAAUAAUUAAACAUAUCAUCUUAAAGUCCUUGUGUCAUAUCCUUCGCGUGAAGACAGAGAGUGAGAUUUCUAUAUUUGUAUUGAUUGUUUUAAUCCAAAAUUACCAGUAGUUGUAAGACUUUAUACUCGGGACACGAUUUUUAAAACCCCAUUUUAUUUUCCGUGAUGAAUGGCUCUUUUGAGCGGAUUCCAGAGAGCGGCGGAAAAACAAGCUCUUCGUGCUUUAGAGCAGAUGCGCUAGGGUUGUCACGUACGAAAAAAAUAAUAAAUUAAUUUUUGGAAACGUUCGGAAAUUAGAUACCGUUUUUUAAACCUGAAAACUGUAUGUAAUAUUUUAAACUAUAUGUUUCUUACAAAAAUUAUCUAUACUUUAUUUGAGAAAUAGUACAUUACAUCAGAGGCCGGGAAAAUGAGGAUUUCCGGCCACGUGGGUAUAUACGGCCGAGCGAGCGUGCGAGCGAGGCCGGAUAGGGAUACGAGGCCGGGAAUCCGUUUUC